AUUGGUAAAAGCUCAUAGGGUAGUGUGCCUGGCAGUGAAAUCCUGGCAUCAAGACGCCUUACACUAUGUGCUGGUUAAUGUAAAGAAAAGAAUAUGGGAGUUGGGAUGUGAAUUAGGGACAAAUCAGGUUCAAGAUUUAAUGCAUUGUUAUCUGUACAAAAGAUUUCAUGUUCUGGUUUUCCUUGGACUUUUCCCUCAAUCCAAGUGAAACCAAAGUUCACGGACUAAACUACUCAGCACAUCCCUAGUAAUACAUAUGGUUCUGAAGUAGAUGUAAGUCACUGUAAACAUUAAGAAUGGAGAGGCAAAGCAGCAAGGAAAUGGAGCAAAGGAAAGGCCGAAGAUUGGUGCUGUUUCCUCUACCCUUGCAAGGCCACAUAAACCCCAUGCUGCACCUGGCCAACAUUCUCCAUUCCAGGGGCUACUCCAUCACCAUAAUCCACACCAACUUCAACUCUCCCGACCCUUCAAACUACCCUCACUUCACUUUCCAUUUCUUCUCCGAAAACUUACCUGAAGAUGGCACUUGCGCAACCGAUCUCAUUGCUUUCCUCUCGCUGCUUAACACGAGAUGCGGACCGCCUUUCCGCCAGUGCUUGGCCAAUCUGUUGUCUGAAACUUCAGAGGAGCCUGUUGCCUGCUUGAUUUCUGAUGCUAUUCUUUACUUCACUCAAGAAGUUGCAAAUGAACUUAAGCUUCCGAGGUUGGUCUUGAGGACUGGUGCUGCCUCCUCCUUUUGUGUUUUCACUGCUUUUCCUCUUCUAAAGGAACGAGGGUACAUUCCCAUACAAGAUUCUCGACUAGAGGAGCCAGUGGUCGAGCUUCCACCUCUAAGAGUCAAAGACCUUCCAGUCAUUGACACACCUGAUCCGGAAUCUCUUUAUCGACUGGUAGCUGGUAUGGUCAAUCAAAGCAAGGCCUCGUCAGGUCUCAUUUGGAACACGUUUGAAGAACUAGAACACUCUGCUCUGGAAACACUAGACCGACAACUUGGGGUCCCACUUUUCCCGAUUGGUCCCUUUCAUAAAUGCUUCCCGGUCUCUACAAGUAGCUUAUCACCACAAGACGAAAGUUGUAUUUCCUGGUUAGACAAACAAGAGCACAAAUCAGUUCUCUAUGUUAGCUUUGGAAGUCUUGCGGCAGUAAACGAGACCGAGUUUUUGGAGGUAGCUUGGGGCCUGGCGAACAGCAAGCAGCCAUUCUUAUGGGUUGUUAGGCCCGGACUAAUCCGGGGUUCAGAGUGGCUUGAACCAUUGCCAAAUGGGUUCUUGGAAACUUUGGGUGGAAGGGGACAUGUAGUAAAAUGGGCUCCCCAACAGCAAGUCUUGGCUCACUCAGCGGUGGGAGCCUUUUGGACCCAUAAUGGCUGGAACUCAACAUUGGAGAGUAUGUGUGAAGGGAUCCCUAUGAUUUGUAUGCCAUGUUUCACUGACCAAAGGGUUAAUGCAAGAUAUGUAAGUGAGAUUUGGAGGGUCGGUGUGCAAUUAGAGAAAGGGAUGGAGAGAGGGGAAAUAGAGAGGACAAUCAAAAGAUUGAUGGUGGAGAAAGACGGGGAAGAGAUAAGGGAGAGGGUGUUGCAUUUAAAGAAGGCAGCUCUAUGCCUGAGUCAAGGUGGUUCUUCAAGACAUUCUCUGGAUAGAUUGGUUCAUCACAUUUCAUCACUGGAAUCAUUUACUUUCCAAAGUCAAUAAAAUCUCAAAGUAGAAUUUGCUUUAUGUCAUUAGAACAUUGAAUAAGCCUAUCAAGCCUAGUCAAUAGCAUUGGAGAUCUGGUUAAUUUUACUCAAUUUCGAAUCUUAUGCUAAUCGCUGAACAACAUUUUUUUUUUCUCCAUGAAGUACUUCGUUUCAGUGGUUUUUGCUUAUUAGAAUAAUAAAUUUUCUUUCGUGCA